UCUAAUGACGUCAUCAUUCUAUGUGCGCAAUUGAAUGCUUUUAGAGGAGUCUGUCCGCGUGUAUGAGGUUACUUUUGCGUUUGUAGGACACAUUUGAGGACAAACUGGCCAAAAUGACGAGUCUGUGGAUGGGCGAUCUUGAGCCCUACAUGGAUGAGCCGUUCAUCAUGAAUGCCUUUGCCUCCAUGGGUGAGCCCAUCAUCUCUGUCAAGCUGAUCAAGAACAGACAAACAGGAGGGCCAGCAGGAUUCUGCUUUGUUGAUUUCGGCGACCAACAGUUGGCAGAACGUGCCCUGACCAGGCUGAGUGGGAAACAGCUUCCUGGUAGUUACACGCCUAAACGCUUCAAGCUGAACUAUGCAAGCUACGGACGGGAGAAUGUUGUCACGCCGGAGUACUCCAUCUUUGUGGGUGACCUGACACCAGAGAUAGAUGAUGGUUCUCUGCAGGAGUUCUUCGGCAGGAGAUACUCCAGCUGUAAGGCUGCCAAGGUUGUACUGGAUGCAGCUGGAAACUCAAGAGGCUAUGGGUUUGUGCGGUUCACAGAUGAGAAUGAGCAGAAGAGAGCCCUGACUGAGAUGCAGGGGGCGGUGGGGCUGGGGGGGAAGGCCCUCAGAGUCAGCCCUGCCACGCCCAGGAAUCGUGACAAGACUCAGCAGCAGCAGCAGCAGCAACAUGGUGCAGGCGGGCAGUACGACCAGUACAGUCAGUACUACCAGCAGUACCAGAACUACUGGAACCAGUACUACCCACAGUCAUCUGCACAGUACUACAACUACAACCAGUAUGGGACGUCAUCAUACUCACCAAACACACAGACACAGAACCACGGCUAUGACAGCACGCCUACAAACAAUCAGUCAGAGUCCAGUGUAGAAGACCCAAACCCACCACUUAAUAUAGAAGAGAUGAACAAGGAGUUCAUGCAAAGAAGUGAGGAGCUGUAUGAAGCCAUGGAGGCAUCACGAUGGCAGCCCCUGGACAGUGUCACAUCCCCCAUCCCAGUGUAGCAGCACUGAUUUGUUCAUGUUUAAAAGCUGAUCCUAUCCCAACAUUUAUCCUUCCUGCCUUAAUUACUUUAACUAGUACAGCAAACUCACCUGUUAUAAGCCAGUCCAGUAAAAAAUAUCCAUGUUGUUGUAAAGGCACAAGGCUUUGUUUUAGAACAGAUAAUAAACUCAGUCAUGAGCAACUAAGUCAUGAGCAACUACACAUGUACACAGGUAUACAGUGUUUUAGAUGAACUUCAGGUGUGACUUUAUUUUCAAAUCAUUUCUGCCUCUUUCAUAUGUUUUUAUUUAGUACUGGUAUAUUAUCAUAGCUAAGAUUUUCAGAUUUUGUUAGUUAAGUGUGAAACCUGAAUGAUUUAUUUUAUUUAUUGGUUUGACUGUUCAACAGCCAGGGCAGCCCAACUACAGUAUUGUGGUAGCUACCAGCCACGAAAAGAGCUUGGUAAGAGAACAAAGAUUGUUCGAUGUUCCCCUCCUGAUGACACUGAUCAAUAACUUCCUGUCACACCACUCCCAGGAAAACCCCAACUGCAGCCCUCAUUGCGCCAUGCCGGCCUCUGGCGAGACCCGGUAUAGAGCAUUCACGUCCUAAGCACCUUCUUUAUGGAGACAUCUCCCCACAUAAUCGCGGGUCGGGGCGCCCAGCUUUCAAGUCUAAUGUGGCUAACCUGAAUGACAUAUAGUUAAAAGAACAAGAUGAACUUCCUUGAUCAUAAAUUAUUAUUAAAAACCUCACAGUUAUUUUUUUUAAAUUUACUACAUACUCUUUAUACCAACUUUGAAGAAAAUUAAUGCAACUACCCAGUAGUUUUCAGGUUUCACACUUUACUUAACCCUAUACAACAAAGGUACAUCAGCAUGCUAAAAAGUAUUUGUGAUUGAAGCUUUUAAAAUCUCAUAAAAUUACAAUGUGCCACAAACUGUGAAUGUACGAGUGCAUGUACUUUAUCAUGGAGUCUGACUAUGAUUCCUUAGUGCAACACACGCAGGUAAAUAAAAUCAAAAUAGCUUUGGAUUAUUGGCAACAUAUACAGAGUCUGAGACUUAGCUUUUCAAGCAAGAAUAGGUUAGCUCUCUGACCAGCUGACUAAAUGUACCAUCUUUGUUACAAAACACAUGUAAUUCCAUCUCACUAAGCAGGGCACUACAUGAUGCAUGUACAGUUGACAAGAAAACAUUGAAAUAAACAAAACUGUGAAAUUUUGA